AGUACAACGUGAAUAAUUGAUUUUAAAAAAAGCUUUUUAAAAUAUCAACCUCUCUUUCUCUCUCCUCCAUCAUGGGAUUGAGAAGCUGUAAUCAUUCGGACAUCACAUCUGCGAAUUUCCCCUUCAAAUCUUCUGUAACUUCUCUCUCUUUCUCUCUCUAAAUUCUCAGAUAUACAUCUGUAUGUGAUCACGAUUCACGGACUGGCAUGUGGUUUCAUUGAAGGGAUUGUGGAGUUUUAAGGAUGUUGAGCUCUUGAGAUUUUAGCAAACAAGUGUAGAUAUACAUAUUGAUAUACGUAUAGUUUGGGGCAUUUCUGGUGUGGUAGAGGUGAUUGAUACAAUGCGAUUGUUUCCGAUUUCUACGAGCUCAGAUAGUUCGCCCAGGGAGCUGAACAACUCGGAGAAAAGUCAGGCGCCGCUUUACCUAAAUAUAUAUGAUCUCACUCCUAUGAACAACUAUCUUUAUUGGUUUGGAUGUGGGAUUUUUCAUUCCGGCAUUGAAGCACAUGGCCUGGAAUAUGGAUUUGGAGCUCAUGAGUACCCAACAAGUGGAGUGUUUGAGGUUGAACCUAGAGGUUGCCCUGGUUUUAUAUUUAGACGCGCAAUCCAUUUGGGAAGUACUGACAUGUCUCGUUCAGAAUUUCGCUCAUUUAUGGAACAUCUCUCAAGCAACUAUCAUGGUGACACAUACAAUCUAAUUUCUAAGAAUUGCAAUCAUUUCACUGAUGAAGUUUGUCAGCGACUCACUGGAAAAGCUAUACCUGGCUGGGUUAAUCGAUUGGCACGAUUAGGUUCUUUCUGUAACUGUCUGCUGCCUGAAAGUAUCCAGGCUACUCAAGUGACACAUCUUCCUGACGUCGAAAUGUGUUCAGAAGACGGUACCGAGAUUGGUGCAUCAUAUGUAACAGGAGAAAGUGAAGAGGAGGAAAUGGACCACCAUCUGCUCACCACAGCAAGCAGUGACAUAGCAUUUUUGAAAGACAAACCAGUGAGGCUAGCAAAAGAUAUUCUUUGACUUUCAUUUCUCUCGCACUGCACUUUCUUAGUUGUCUUGUUUGUACGAUUAGUGUGUAAAAAUCUCCAUUGUAUUUUGUUACACAUGAUAGUGUCGAAACAAUUUUUUGUUGCGUGCGUCUAUUAUUUGCAUGAUAGCCGGAAAGAGGCUCGGCUAUCGGCCGGAAUGUACUGCUUAUGCCACUUUGGACUGGAAAUGCCAUCCCUACUUGUUUGCUGUA